AACAAAAAAUUAUGAAACGGAGGUGGUAGUAAACAAUAGUAGUACUGACGAAGCUGCAAGGCACCGUCAUCGGAUUGUCCCAUCUUCUUACCGGUAGCCAAAGCACUCAAGCCACCUCUCCCCGGCCGCUGCCACCCUCCAUCCUUCAUGCACUGUGGCUGCAGCCAACAGCUUUAAGCCAUCAUCCGCUACUCUGAAUCUGUGGGUGCAGCCAACAGCUUUAAGCAAUCUCCUCCAGCUUAAGCAGAAGUUCUCCCCAACAAUCAACCAGCAGUUCUACUCCACACCACCAUGGCUAAUUCUGCUGCAGCUGUGUUUGCGGGGAAAUCGGUUGCAGCUCCUGUCAUCAAGGAGAUCAUCACCAAGGGCUUAAGCUACCUCGAAGGCUACUUCAGCACAGAAACAGUGGAGGGCAUGAAGAGCAAGCUCCAGCGAGGGAUGCCAAAGAUACAAGCAGUGCUCAAUGUCGUCAGCGUGGAUCAGAUUCAAAUUAAGAGCAGGAGCAGUGACUUGGAUGCGUGGUUCUGGCAGCUCAGGGAUGCCGUCGAAGAAGCGGAGGACGCGAUUGAUGAGCUCGAGUACUAUGAACUCGAAGAGAGGGCCAAGGAUGACAGGGUUAGUGACUGGGGUUCCCCUUUUGCCAAGAUGAAGCACAAGGUUGUCAAAUCAGUUAAGCAUGUUGGUGUUUUGGAUAAAACGGUGAAGCAGCUCACUCACCAUGGUACAAUCAAGAGGCUGAAGAAAGCCAUGGAGGGUUUGGACAGGGUUGCUGAAGAUAUUACAGGUAUUCUCGCAGUUACAGAAUAUCUCAAAGGAGCCACUUCCAUCAAUAGAAAUCAAUUGCAAAAUGAUUUGAUGAGCAAUGAUCGUGAGACAGGUUCAAUGUUAGCUACAACCAAAUUUGUUGGCAGAGAAUCAGAGAAGAGCAGGAUAGUUGAGUGGUUGACAAAGAAUGUACCAGUUGAUCAGACUGAAAUUAUGUUGAGUGUUAAUUAUGUUCCUAUAUUUUCAAUAGUUGGUCAUGGUGGAAUGGGAAAGACUACUUUGGCCCAGAGCAUAUGCCAGCAUGAUGAGGUUGUGAAGAAUUUCAAGAUCAUUUGGAUCACAGUGUCUAAUAUCUUUAAUGCAGAAUCAGUGACAAGAAAAAUACUGGAAUCUGCUACGGGAGAUGAACCAAGCGCUAAACAUUUGGAUACACUACAGAAAGAUCGGAAAGAGAAACUGGAGAAUGCUAAGUUUCUUCUUGUUUUGGAUGAUGUCUGGGAAGAUGGAAAAAGAAGUGAAUGGGAAAAACUUUUUACUCCUCUUAGGUCAGGGAAGAGCGGCAGCAAAAUUCUGUUGACAACCCGAAUGACAUCAGUAGCAGACAUAGCUGCAAACGUGAUGGGAGUUGGAAGAGACUGCUUGAUGCUAACUGAACUCAGUGAAGAUGAAAAUAUUGAGCUCUUCCAUCAUCACGCAUUUUCUGGUGUGAAUUUACAAGACUAUAUGCACUUGAAAUUAAUUGGAGAAAAAAUUGCAAGGAAAUUGGGAGGAUGUCCCUUGGUGACUAAGGUUGCUAGUGCACAUUUGCAAGGUAAUAUGACGAUUGAAUAUUGGAAUAGUUUUUUAUGCAAAGGUUUGGAACAUUUUAAAGGGACUGAGGAUGAUAUUAUGAAUAUUCUGAAAUUAAGUUAUAACUACCUUCCAACAGAGUUACAGGUUUGCUUUAGAUACUGUAGCUUAUUUCAUGAGGACUAUCGAUUUGAUAGGAAGAAAAUUGUGCAGAUGUGGAUGGGUUCAGGAAUUAUCUCACAGGCUGAAAGUGAUACACUGACUCUUGAAGACAUUGGAGAACUGUUCCUGGCUCAACUGACUAGAAAAUUCUUUCUUUGAUAUAAAAUGUAUAACAUAUGAUGGGCGAAAGGACAGGGAAUAUUAUGUCAUGCAUGACUUGAUGCAUGAAUUAGCAAGAAGUGUAUCCUCUGGUGAAUGCACAAGAAUGAGUGAUCCUGCCACUGUUAAAGAUUUACAAGAUACUGUCCGGCACCUAUCCAUUCCUGGUAUUCACAAAUUUUCUGUGGAGGAGAUCAAGAAAAUUUCCAAAUUUAAGAACCUUCGCAGUAUUAUAAUUGAUGCUUACUCAGUGAUUCACAAGGAUAAAUUGUCUGCGCUUCAAAAAAUUGUUGAAAGCUCAAAGUCCUUAUGGCUAUUUUAUUCAGGGUUGACAACAACAUUUUAUUUUUCCAGCAAGUUCGGAAGGUUGAAACACCUUCGCUAUAUCUACAUAUCUAACAUCUCACCAAAGGGCAUAUGUAGUAUUAUCAAUCUUUACCACUUGAUGGUACUUUAUUGUGGUAGUUUCUUUCUAAGGGAAACAAAACAAAUAAGAUGUUUGGGGAACCUUUAUCGUUUGCGACAUGUAAAUGUAUUGGGUGAGUUCCCUGUUAUCAGACUUGAAGCAAUACAGGAACUGAGUAACUACCAAUUGUAUAGGAUGGAAGGCAACAAAAUGAGUUCAAUCAGGAACUUACAUUGUCUCCGGAAGCUACAUGUGCGUGGUUUGGAGAACAUUGAGAAUCAAGAAGAGGCAAUCAAUGCCAAAUUGAAUGAAAAAUGUCAUCUCAGUUCAUUGUCUCUGCAGUGGUCAACGUCUACUGAUGCACGAAAUAAGGCUGAUGAGACGGUCCUUCAUCACCUUGAGCCACAUCCUAAUAUUAGGGAGCUACGAAUUUCUGGUUACAAAGGGUGCAGCGCACCAUUUUGGAUCGAGGAACUCACUGUCAUAAACCUGACAUCACUCGCGUUGGAUAAAUGCAGUAAUUGGGAACAACUGCCCUCACUUGUUGGUUUACUUUUUCUCAAACUUCUUUUGUUAGACGAUCUUCCUAAGCUACAACAGAUUGGUGAGCAAUCUCCUAUGCCAAGUAGUAAUGACAUAAAGCUGAUUCUACCUCCAAGUCUUGAAACUCUGGAUAUAAAAAAAAUGCCUAGAGCUGCAGGAAUUAACUCUUCUGCCUCCUAGCCUGGUAUCAUUCAAAAUAGAAGAAGUUAAUUGGACUAAACUUCCAAGGAUACUCAACCUAUGCGGCGAGGGCAAUGGAACAAGGUUAUCCCAGUUGCGAAGUGUCAUGAUCACCAAAUGUCCUUGCUUAACUUCCCUUGAAGGGAGCUUUUUCGAGCAGAAACAGUACAUGGGGGCACUAUAUUCACUUGAUAUCCGUCGCUGUUUGCAGCUGGAGUCUGUGCCCAUACCAUUUGAAGAAAUGAAUGAACUUACAUAUCUCAGAAUUGUUGAUUGCCCUAGAUUGAGGGCAUCUAGAGAGGCUGGAGAAAUGUUCCUGUCAUCAUCACUUAAAUGCCUAACCGCUGGUCUAUGUGGUGACCUGGAGCUUCAAUUGCUUGGGUCACUACACGUGCAGCAACUCACCAAUCUCCAUCGGUUGAAACUUGUUAACUGCUCGUGACUGGUAUCGCUGCCCUCUGCAGAAGUGUUCAGUAGGAGUCUCACAUCUAUUGAACUAAAUGGAUGCGAGAAUCUAUCAUCCUUGGGUGGGCUCGGAUCCCUUCCAUCCCUCCUUGCUUUAGAAAUCAGACGCUGUGGAAAACUCACGGAAGUUGGUUCAUCCCGAACUCCACAUCCAUCUGGUGGUGAAGAAGUGUGUCCCGUGGAUUUUGAUUCAAAAACCUCCCUUCGUAUCUGCUGGCUUAAAAUCGAUGUCCCAUCCUUGCUGCUUGUUGAGCUUAUCAAGAGUUUUUGCCACACCGAACACUUACGGAUUGAUGAUGCAUCAGAGAUGGAGAGCUUACUUGCAGAUAGAUGGCUGCUACAGAACCGCCAAUCCCUCGAAGAAUUAUUCAUAAUGAGAGUCGGGUCCUUGGAAUUGCUUCCACCCAACAUGCGAGACAUCUCUUUCCUCCGGUGUUUGCAUCUAUAUGAUGCCACACAACUUCGUUCCCUUCCACAUCUGCCUUCCUGCCUUCACGAUUUGAAACUUUCUGGUGUUGGCCAACUCAAUUCACUCCCAGAUUUGCCCAACUCCCUCAAGAAAUUGGACUUAAGUGGUGCUAAUCAACUUCGUUCACUCCCAGAUCUGCCCUCCUGCCUUGAGGAGUUGGAACUAUCUGAUGUUGGCCAACUCAAUUCAUUCCCAGAUUUGCCUUCCUCCUUGCGGAAGAUUUGUAUUUGGAAUUGCGAUUCAGAUUUGGAGAAGAAAUUUGCAAAACUAAGAAGCUCUGAAAGGAACAAGAUUUCCCACAUUCUUCGAGUUCGUAUAGGCAAAUUGUUGUUCGUCAUGGGCAAGCAAUGCUAUGGAGAAAACAAAGAGAGAUUAAUGCUUUGUUAAAAGCUGGGCAGAUGAUGAAGAACUCUUUUGCUGGUUGAAGGAAUCAAAACAUGACCUGAACAUUGGUCUACCAUCCAGCUGGUUCAGUAAAUAUUUAUGUCUGCAGAACACGUCUUAAGAGUGUUCUUGCUCAAGUAAAGAUUAAGGUCUUUCAUAUGCUGCGCAUGGGAAGUAUACGUCUUAAUGAUGAUAAUAUGCUGUAGAUUGCUCAGCUUGUCAUGCUUGUACAAGAUGCGAUGUUUUGUACAGCCUCAGUUUAGAUUUACUUGAUCGGAUUCUAGACAGUGGCUUAUGCUCUCGAAACCUCAGCUGUCAGCAGCAUCUUUUGAAGAAGCAAAAUUAAGUAGUAGUUUGGUUAUUUGAUUGUGACCUGAUUUCCCACACUGUACUGUUUGCUGUAUCAGAAGAUUUAUUUUGAAUGAGAAGGAAAUUAUGAAUGAGAAAGAAUUUGCCUUCCUCCUUGCGGAAGCUUUAUAUUUUGGGAUGCAAUUCAGAUUUGGAGAAGAAAUUUGCAAAAUGCAGAAGCCCUGAAAGGAACAAGAUUUCCCACAUUCUUCGAGUUUGUAUAGGCAACUUGUGCUUCGUCAUGGGCAGGAUAUGCUACGGAGAAAUCAAACAGAGCUUAAUGUAUGCACGCGAUGAAGAAAUCUCUUCCUGGUUGAAUGAAUCAAAACAUGACCUGAAAAUCGGUCUAUCAUCUGGCUGGUUCAGUAAACAUUUAUGUCUGUAGAACACGUCUUAGAAUGUUCUUGCUCAGGUAAAGAUUAAGGUCUUUCAUAUGCUUCGCAUGGGAAGUAACGGCUUAAUGAUGAUAAUUUGCUAUAGAUUGUUCAGCUUGUCAUUCUUGUACAAGAUGCGAUGUUUUGUAAAACCUUGGUUUAGAUUUACUUGAUCGGAUUCUAGACAGUGGCUUAUGCUCUCGAAACCUCAGAUGUCAGCAACUUCUUUUUUAAGAUGCGAAAUUAAGUAGCAGUUUGGUUAUUUGAUUGUGACCGAUUUCCCAUGCUGUACUGUUGGCUGAUUCAAAUACUAGCUACACUAGCAGUUUGGUUAUUUGAAUGAUCAUUCAACCUGAUAAAGUGAUUAUGUUCGAAAUGAAGUGGUUAUUUAUCACAAUGAUCUGAAACAG